AUGUUUAUGCUCAAGAAAAAGAAACCGCAGAUGGACAGUGUCAAGUUAAUGAAGCUGAUGGCGUGGGAUAUCUCCAAGAUUGCGCUUGUUUUCGUCGGCAUUCGCGCCGCUUCUGUCAUUCUCAACCAGGAGAAAUAG